CGGCGUUGAAACGCUCACUCGCGUCUCUUCUCGCCUCCCGAGCACUCGGGGUGGCGCGGGCAUCUCCAUACAACAACACGACCGCGCGCGCAAGCAGCGGUUGGCGCGUAGGCAGCAUGCCGCGCGCCGGCGCACUCUUGCUGGCGGUAGCGGCUGUCCUGCUCACCACCGAGUGGACGCACGCCUCUUACAUUGAUCCCGGAGACGAAGACAUCGAAGUCAAUUUGCCAGAUUACGGAGAAGAUCCAGCCGAUCUGCAGUUGCUACAGGAUGUUGGGAAACGUUCGUCGCUGAUCUACGUUUUCAGGCGAGCCUGUAUCCGGCGAGGCGGCAACUGCGACCACCGGCCUGGCGACUGCUGUCACUCGUCCUCAUGCCGGUGUAACCUCUGGGGGUCCAACUGCCGCUGUCAGCGCAUGGGCCUCUUUCAGAAGUGGGGCUGAAGACACCACCCACUAAGCUCCCUUGAAGCGGCGACCAACUCCCGCCAGCCGACUUGACCGCCGCUCCACCGGACGCGACAACCAUUGCGUUUUACUAACGGACCCGUUGCGUUCUUGCGUUACCACUUUUUCUUUCUUAUUUCACCUUGUAUUCCGUAGCGUAUCUUAAAGUUGGAAAGAUUCGAAUCCAAAACAGGGACCUAGAUUUUAGUUUGCAAAUAUUUUUGGACCUCUUUAUUAUACAAAAUCUAGAAAUGGAAUUCGUUUGAAAUCGUAGUUCUUUCAUGUUUCGUUCAUAUUAUACUUUUUUUUUAUCUGAUUGAGCCGAGCGUCCGCUUACGUGGUUGGGCAAUCACCCAGCCUUAUUGCCCAAUCUGUACGCUUCGACACAAGCUCGGCCAAUCAGACUCUGCAACUGCCUCUGGCGAUGCGUUCUUGGGUUUGCUUUUAGUUUGACUUUUGAUUUUUCCAAGGAGCCCAUCGCCCCGCAGGCAGUACACUUCUAUCGCAAUGUAUGUAUGUAGAGUUAAGUAAGCUAACGUAGAGAAGUAAAGCAGUAGCUGCUAAAAUUGGUGGUAAACUUAUGUCAAUAGGAAGUAGUCACUACAAAAUAGAGAAAAACAUAAAUGUAACUUUAAUCGUAAAUGUUCUAGUCAUUUAAGAGACUAACGGUAAAGAAAAAAACUUGGUGAAAGACGCUAUAAUAAGCCUUUAUAUAAAACAACGCCACUUGUAUUUGCGAUUGGCAACUUAGGUUUUUAACUACACAUAAAGCAUAUAUAAUUAAACGAAUCUUUAAUGUACUCUAUGCAACUCUCGGACAGGGGGUAUAUUAUGGUAUUGCAGCCUAUGAGCCUAGUAGAUUCUUCUGUACGUAGUUUCUUAUAUUGU